AUUUAAUAACAUUUUAGCUUUCCAAAAUGAGUUUUCUCAGCCAACUACAGAAACAAAAGAACAAAUUGAAAGAAACUGAGACAGUUGUAACAAAAGUCGAUGGAAAACGGUACAUAGAGAAAGAUACUACAGUAACUGCAAUUUCUUCUAACAGUUAUGGCUUUGUAGUUGACACGAAGCCAGAUAAUGUUCCAGUACUGAUAUCUCAUUAUUUAUACAUAGGAUCACAAGAUUGUACAGCCCAAGAAGUGAUACAAUCAUAUAACAUCCUGCAUGUACUCAGUUUAGGUAUAAACAUUCAAGUUUCAGUCAACAGUAAGUUCAUCAAGUGCUUGGAUUUGCCUGAAACUAGUAUAAAAGAUAUAUUAUUAGACAGUUUGCCGUUCAUUCGGAAGGCUGUGGAUGCCAAAGAAAAUAUUUUAAUUCACUGCAAUGCAGGCGUUUCUAGGACUUCUAUGGUUGCCAUAGCUUAUCUAAUGCAUUACGAAAAAAUGAAUUAUCAAGAAGCUUAUGAGCUUGUGAAAGCUAAAAGGCCUGCUAUCCAACCUAAUGAUGGGUUUAAAAAACAAUUAAAGUCUAUGACGCCUGGAGAAAUAAUUUGAUACAGUGCAAUAGAUUUUAGACUUUGUUGCUUUAUUAAUAAGUGUUAUAUUAGAUGUAGUACUUGUAGAUAGUAAAUAAAUAAAAUGUAUUAAUAAAUAACACUGCAUGUUUAAUUGUUUACUUUUAAAGAGAAGCGGCACAAAAACAUUCAUUUGCUCUUUUAAACAUGUAUAAAAGAGGUUACAAUAAAACAACACUGGAUACAAACAACUAAUGUAAUAACUAAUAAAUAGGGCAGUUUUAAGUACAUGAGCCAAAGAGUACAAGAUACGGGCCCUGUGCCACUCGUAUACCGACUGGAAGCGAGCGUUACAUUACAAUUACUAGAUUAUUAUAUUGUAGCACCAAGUUCAUAAGUUGUCCGCAGCACUUAAACUUAAUCAACAUGUUUCAUAUAAAUAUUUGUAUGUACAACUGUUUAUUGGCUAUAGAAGCUAUGUUAUUAUCAUUUAUUUUGGCAACUGUAUCAUCUUACACUAUACACGGAGUGCUAGUACGUCAUAGAUAACAUUUUCACUUAUGCCCUUUUACAAGAAUAAUUUUAUUAUGGAAGAUAAAUUUUAGUAUUUAUAUCGCCAAUCAACACUCGAAGCAAAAGCGCUGGAUAAAUAAAAUAAGUAGUUUUUCAGCAACAGUAGCUUACCGGUCAUCAAAAUUUUAACGGAUAUUUGUACAUAAUAAAGUACCUACCUAAUCAAAUUCAAAUGGAAGACAACUACUAGAUAACAUAGUAGAAAUUACUUGUUAGAAAAACUUAUAUUGUAAAUCGUAAAAUAUUCCCUCUUAACUGCAAAAGCGUUGAACACUCACGUUUAAAAAAAGGCCAAUAUUAUAAUAUUUUACAUGUCGCUAUGACGUACUAGUAAUCUAAAAAAAAAA